GUAGUUUUCAUUUAUUGAUCGCUUGUUGUCUUUACGACAUGGAAAACGUUAUUAGCAUUUCUGAAGUAAAUUCUAUGAAGGAUGAGAGAUUUGAGUGGGUGUUUGGGAACGUGAUAGAGCUGUGCAGCGAGGCGGCGGGUCACGUAAAGAAUAUGCGGCCCUUUAAAAACGUAACUGACCUAUGUGCUGCGUUCUACAAAUAUUUAGACGACGUCACUUUUGAAGAAAAAAUCAAAAUUCUUAAGUGUCAUCCUGAUUUAGCGGGACGAUUGGCCGUACAAGGAGAGCUAACACCUGAAUCUGCCUGUGAACAGCGUAGUGCGGGACUUAAUGAUUUAACUCCAGAACAGAAAUCUAUUAUUGAUUCUCGUAACAGAAGCUACAAAGAAAAAUUUGGAUUUCCUUUUAUAAUAUGCGCAAGAGAAAAUAAAGUGCAAUCAAUUAUUGAAGGGUUAAAAACACGAUAUAGCAAUACCCAAGAAGAGGAAAUAAACACUGGUAUAAAUGAAGUGAAGAAAAUAUGUAAGUUUCGAAUACUUGAUAUUGUCAAAAAUGAGUAAGAAAUAAAUGAAUUUUAUAUUUUA